CCGGCCAUUAAACCAGAAGAAGAAGAAGGUCAUGUACCCAGAACUGAGUUGUGGUAGUGUAAGUGCCGCAUUAAAGUACAUGUGUUUACAUCAAAGAUGCUCCUGUCAUCCUUGCGAACUUUAGUUUCGAGUGGUUGUAGAACCUCUGGGAAAGGACUGCAGCUCAGUAUUACUCAGCGACCUGUACUAAGGCAGUGGGUAGCGAGGAGGGGCCACACUACCAUCGUAGCGGAGGCUGGUUCCACAUCCUCGUCAGUUGCAGCCUCCGUGCCCAACGCGGCUACCAAUCGCAUUGUCGGACGAUGGCUGUUGGGCUGCAGCGGCCUGGUGGUGGGGGCAGUCGUUCUGGGAGGUGUAACCAGGCUGACGGAGUCCGGUCUCUCCAUGGUGGACUGGCACCUGGUCAAGGAGAUGAAGCCUCCACAGACCCAGGCAGAGUGGGAGGCAGAGUUCCAGAAGUACCAGCAGUUCCCAGAAUUUAAAAUAAUGAACCACAGCAUGACGCUGACAGAGUUCAAGUUCAUCUUCUACAUGGAGUGGGGCCACCGCAUGUGGGGGAGGCUGGUGGGCCUGGCUUACAUCCUCCCCACGGUGUACUUCUGGAGGAAGGGCUACUUCAGCCGCCCCAUGAAGGGCUGCGUCCUGGGGCUCUGCAGCUUUGUCUGCUUCCAGGGCCUGCUGGGGUGGUACAUGGUGAAGAGCGGACUGGAGGAGAAGCCGGACUCGUAUGACGUCCCACGGGUCAGCCAGUACCGGCUGGCGGCUCAUUUGGGCUCCGCCCUGGUGCUGUACUGCGCCAGUCUGUGGACUGGGCUCUCCCUGAUACUGCCCACUAACAAGCUGCCUAACACACAUCAGCUCAUGCAGCUCAGGAGGGUCGCCAAGGGAACCGGAGGCCUUGUGUUUCUCACAGCUCUCUCAGGUGCGUUUGUAGCAGGGCUGGACGCAGGCCUGGUCUACAACUCGUUCCCAAAAAUGGGGGAACGCUGGCUGCCCGACGACCUCCUGGCCUUCUCCCCCACUCUCAAGAACUUCUUUGAGAACCCGACAACAGUGCAGUUCGACCACCGCAUUCUGGGAAUCAGCACCAUGCUGGCUAUCACAGGCCUCUACCUGUUCUCCAGGAGGAUGCACCUGCCCAGGAGGGCCAAAAUUGCCAUCGGCUGCCUGACAGCCAUGGCCUAUGCACAGGUAGGUCUUGGCAUCAGCACCCUGCUGCUCUACGUGCCCACCCCUCUGGCAGCCACGCACCAGUCUGGCUCGCUGGCUCUGCUCUCCCUGGCUAUCUGGGUCCUGACUGAACUGCGGCGGGUCGCCAAGUGAGCCACAGGAUCCUAGCCCUGCAGGACUUCCUGUCUGCUCAGCCUGUGUCAGAUAUGUUAAAGUUUUGGAUUCAAAUGCUUUACUGAGCUUACAUUUUACAUUUUAGUUUUGGCAGACGCUUUUUAUCCAAAGUGCAUAGGUUCUUCCACAAGUUAAAGCAUCACAUCCAUAACUAGUAAAAUACACAUGAAGGGCUGUUCUAAACAAAAAUACGGUCAUCGUAAGUACAAUUAUUAUUUUUUUCCGGUUAGACAAGAGGGAUAUCGAUAAGGGGGGCGGGGGGGAAUCAGGAGGGAGGACUAAGGUACAGCUUGGUGUCUGAGAACCUAUGGAAUGCUCUCAAGAAGUGCUAACCCCACCUUCUCGUCCUCUUGGUUGGCUCAGUUGCACCAGGCAAGAAAAAUUGAGCAGAGAAAAGUAUUUGAAUCCAAAGCAAUUAUGUAUUUUACCCAGGGCUGGUGUGUGUUAAAUUCCCAAAAUGUGUCACAAUCCGGUCUCACCUGUAUAGGAAAAAUGCUGGCUGCAUUUACACUACCGCGUAGUUGCAGUGCAGAGCUCUGGCCUGCAGAUGGCAAACCUGGGCAAGAAUCUGUGCAGUGGUUUGUAAGUUUAAUGCAAUGCAACAAGAUUUACUGAUUCAUUAUGAUUAGUUCACUAUUAUGUACAGCUGUCCAAAUCACUCUGCAAAUGCAUUAUUUUGGGUGAAUGUGUGCCUGUGUGCUCACAUGGAAAACAUCAUAGCUUUUUCAGCAAUGUGUUGUUUUCAGAUAAGGGGGGGUCACACAAUGGUCAGUCUCAUUUCCAAAUUCAUUGGCCCUCAUGCAAGAACAUACAUCGUAUUUUUAUCAUGAAUUGAAGCGUGCCACUUCAGAUUCAGUUGUCCGUUAUAAUACGGUCCUGUAGGUGGGUUCCUUCGGAUAGAUGGCCAAUGGGAUUAACCAGAACAAGGGGCGUCUCCCACAUACUGUAAUCAGUACCUGAUUAGGCAGACUGUGGUUCAUUGGUUUUUGGAAAACUUCAUAAUGUGGCAGCCUGUUGAUGAACUCUCUUAUUCAACAGUCCACUAAAAUAAGUUUCUGAAAACAUUUGAGAUGAGAAAUAAACAAUUCAGUUGCUGAAACGUGCACUGGAAGCCUUUCAUAGGAAAUUAACGGAAUGCAUUGUUUACAUGUUUACAUUAGGUCGGGACCACUCAAAAAAAGUUGUUCUUAUCUAAGAAAAAAUUCCAAAUAAGAGAUAAUUGGUAAGUUCGCUUAAAUCACUCGUACAAGCAUUUUAAGAACAAAUCUGUUCAUACGAGUGGUUCUUGCAGGAGAUCCAUUGAAUUGUAAAGAAGUCAAUGUGAAGUCAGAAAUAUUGAUGAAGAUGUACAGAAGAUGUACAUUUAAAUUAUUUGGAAUUUUUAAAAUACCAUUACUGUUGGAAUAAAUUGUUUUGAUAUAAGAAACACGUUUAUGGAAUCGGGACAGGGUUUUGGGUUGAUCGUUUAUAUUGUGGUCCCCAUGGGACCUUGUAAAUCCUGUCCCUGUUUCCCUUUGUCAUGAUAACUGGCUUUUCGCUGGGAGAUUGCUGUCCGAGUGCGUGGAUAAAUAACAGUCCUAAUGGUAAUUUAUUUUUCAAAAUUUCUUCGUUUAAAUUAUAAACUUUUUUUUUUGUAAAUCAUUUGCAGAGUGUUUAUUUAAAUUAAAGGAUGUACUCAAUUGUGUCCACUUCUCUGACCAUUGAACUAUUCAUAUUCUAGAGAGGCAAAGAGAUAGAGUGGUUAAUUCAUGGUUUAUGUCCAUUAUAGAUUCAUACCAAAAUAUUAAAUUUCAGUUUACUUCAAAAUAAAUACAAUAAAUAAAAUAUGCUUGAAUCAACAUUAAA